UUUUUAUCAAAUGGAUCCCAAUAACUCAAGAAAGCCAUCUCAAAAUGCCAGAGCCUUGACUCUUGCUGAUCUAGACUAACAAUCAAUAUCAGAGGACUCUGCUAUGGACUUGGAUUAAUCACAAUUGCACAGAUUGGGAAUCGAUAUUAGCAAUAUAUAAGCAGCUGAUGUGACUUAGAAUGAUGAACCUAGCAAAUCAAUUAUGCACUUUUCUAAGAAGAACAGUGACUCAACUACCAAUGUUGACUUAACUUAGCACAUAUUCUAAUUUAAACAAAAAAUUUAGGAUCUGCAAUUGGAAUUAGGAUCUGAUCGAUCUGAUCCUUACGAAAUUUCUAUACAUUCAUUUAAGAAUCAAGAAGACAAUUCGCAAAAUAAGGGAUUGUGUGUUUCAGAAGCACUUGGCACAAACAUUCACUCUUAAAAUUAACUGAAAAAUUAGGAUUAAUAAAAUUCAACGUCGUAUUAAUUCAAGGCUCCAAACACAUCUUUAUCAUCUGGAGGUCUUAGUUACAAUCUCCCGCAUUUAAAUUCAACUGGGAACAAAGCUCCUCUUAAUGCUAAUCCAAUUGGAAACCUUUAUGAAUAGUUAGAAUAUCAUAGAUUGAAAUUUUAUGAUUCUUACAUGCCAGAAUAACAUAAGGUGCUCAAUAAUCCACUCAAAUUCCUUAAAUAUAAAUUGCAUUAACAAAAUAGAUAUGCAUUCGAUCAUUGUUUAGAUUGCUUAAUUCAUUGA